AUGUUGUCAAGAUCAAAUCGUCAUCUUGUAUCAAGAUGCUCUCUCAAUUCAAGAUCUAGUCACAGAUUAAUGGCAACUUCAUCAAGCUUACAUGACAUCUUCCCUGCUACUUAUAACAACCCGGAUGACAGUUCCUCUAACAAUUACAAUAUUCAAAUCCCUCCAUAUGCUAAAAUGUUGGAAAAUUUACAAAAAAUUAACAAAUUCACUAAUAACAAACCAUUAACUCUGACUGAAAAAAUAUUAUAUUCACACUUAAGUGAUGUAGACGAAACUUUGAGUUCUCUACCAACGACAAAUAUUUACGAUCUUCGUGGUAACGAAUAUUUAAAAUUAUCUCCAGAUCGUGUCGCCAUGCAAGAUGCUUCUGCGCAAAUGGCCCUGCUACAAUUUAUCAACACAGGUCUACAACAAAUCGCAGUACCUUCUUCAAUCCAUUGUGACCAUUUAAUCGUUGGCAAAGAUGGUGAAUCUAAAGAUUUAGAGAAAUCUAUAAUUACUAAUAAGGAAAUUUUUAAUUUCUUGAAAAACUGUGCUGAUAAAUACGGUAUUCAAUUUUGGGGACCUGGUUCUGGUAUAAUUCAUCAAAUCAUUUUAGAAAAUUUCUCAGCCCCAGGUUUAUUAAUGUUAGGUACCGAUUCCCAUACUCCUAAUGCCGGUGGCCUAGGUGCAAUCGCAAUUGGUGUCGGUGGUGCUGACGCUGUUGAUGCGUUAACAGGCAUCCCUUGGGAAUUAAAGACACCAAAAGUGUUGGGUAUUAAAUUAACGGGUAAACUAUCAGGUUGGUCUUCUCCAAAGGAUGUAAUCACCAAAUUGGCAGGUUUAUUAACUGUUAGAGGGGGUACAGGCUAUAUCAUAGAAUAUUUUGGUGAAGGUACAAAAUCUUUAUCUUGUACAGGUAUGGCCACUAUUUGUAAUAUGGGUGCUGAGGUUGGGGCAACUACUUCUCUAUUCCCAUUCACGGAGGCUCAUAAACGUUACUUGGAUGCCACAGGUAGAAAUUCUGUAUCAAGAUACGCCGAUAUUGCAUUAAAUGAAUUCCAAUUGUUGAAAUCAGAUGAAGGUGCUCAUUAUGAUAAAGUUAUUGAAGUUGAUUUAUCAACUUUAGAACCAAGUGUUAAUGGACCUUUCACACCUGACUUAUCAACGAAUAUUUCAGAAUAUGGUCCAAAAUCUAUUGAAAAUGAAUGGCCACAGAAUAUAUCAGCAGGUUUAAUUGGUUCUUGUACGAAUUCUUCAUAUCAGGAUAUGACCCGUGUCAUCGAUUUAGUCACCCAAGCUUCAAAAGCAGGCUUAAAACCAAAAAUUCCAUUCUUUGUCACUCCUGGUUCUGAACAAAUUAGAGCUACUCUUGAAAGAGAUGGUAUCACUAAAAUUUUCGAAGAAAACGGUGCUAUAGUUUUGUCAAAUGCUUGUGGCCAAUGUAUCGGCCAAUGGGAUAGACAAGAUAUCCCAAAAGACACUCAAUUACCAAAUUCAAUUUUUACUUCAUUUAAUAGAAAUUUUAGAGCAAGAAAUGACGGUAAUAAAAAUACAAUGAAUUUUUUAACUUCACCAGAAAUCGUAACCGCUAUGACAUACUCAGGUGAUGCUCAAUUCAAUCCACUAACUGAUUCAAUCCCACUUCCAAAUGGCAAAAGUUUUAAGUUCACUCCGCCAACAGGUCGUGAUUUGCCUCAAAAAGGCUUUGAACAUGGAAGAGAUUCUCUGUAUCCUCCUUCUGCUGUUCCAAAACCAAACCCAAGUGUCAAUAUUGAUGUCUCUCCUGAAUCGGAUCGUUUGCAAUUGUUAACUCCAUUUGAGCCAUGGAAUGGUCAAGAAUUAAAAACUACUACACUUUUAAAAGUUAAGGGUAAAUGUACGACAGACCAUAUUUCAGCCGCUGGUGUCUGGCUAAAAUAUAAGGGACACUUGGAAAAUAUCUCAUAUAACACUUUAAUUGGUGCUCAAAAUAAAGAAACGGAUGAAGUUAAUAAGGCAUAUGAUUUGGAUGGUACCGGAUAUGAAAUCCCAGAAUUGAUGAUGAAGUGGAAGGAUGAAGGGAGACCAUGGAAUGUUGUUGCUGAACAUAAUUAUGGUGAAGGUUCUGCUAGAGAACAUGCAGCAUUGUCUCCAAGAUUUUUGGGAGGAAAAAUGUUAUUAGUUAAGUCAUUUGCAAGAAUCCACGAAACAAAUCUAAAGAAACAAGGUAUGUUACCAUUGACUUUUGCCAAUGAAAAUGAUUACGAUAAACUUUCUUCUGGUGAUGUUAUUGAAACUUUGGAUUUGAUAGAUAUGAUAGCAAAAGAAGGUAAUAAUGGUGGAACUUUGGAUAUUAAGAUAACGAAGCCUGAAGGGAAAUCAUUUAUAAUCAAGGCAAAGCAUACAAUGUCAAAGGAUCAAAUAGCAUUCUUCAGAGCUGGUUCUGCUAUUAAUUAUAUUGGAGAAUUGAAAAACUGA